AGCAGAAUUUGCCUGGAGUAGUUGCAUUUAGAUCACAACUUUCCGUGCUCUUUUCCUUUUUUGCGAGCGAGGAAAAAGGAUGAUUAAAGAAGUGUUAUUGGUGCUGACCGUCAUCUGUGCAUUGGCGGCCAGGUCUCUGCAACCCGAUGGAGAACCUGCCAGAGAACAGACGACUCCCGAAAGCCAGAAAUGCCCUGUCCCAUGCAGUUGUAUCUAUGAAGAAUGGAACGAUGAGCUGAGUGUCCAGUGCAGCCUGCAGAAACUCACAAAACUGCCUGAAAACAUUCCCAGAGGAGUAAAGACGUUGUGGCUGGAUGGCAAUAAUUUCACUUCCUUGUCCGCGCUUGCUUUCAGAAACCUCUCCAGCUUGGAAUUCCUCAAUCUGCAGGGCAGCCAUUUGUCAAGUAUUGAGCAACAUACCUUCCAUGGCUUGGAAGCAUUGUAUUCCUUGUUUCUCGAACGCAACCAGCUAAAGUUGUUGGCACCCAACAUCUUCCUCCACCUGCAGAACUUGAUUUCCCUACGGCUCAACAACAACCAGUUCAGCAAAAUUGAAGAAGGUGUAUUUGCUGGGCUUUCGAACCUCUGGUACUUGAAUCUCGGAUGGAACUCCUUGGUCAUUCUCCCAGACAAAGUAUUUCAUGAUCUGCCCAAUCUAAGGGAGCUGGUUUUGGCUGGGAACAAACUGCACUAUCUUCAGCAUCAACUGUUCCUCAGUCUCAAUGAGCUGAGAGAACUAGACUUGAGUGGGAAUUCACUCAAGGGCAUCAAAGGCAAUAUCUUUUCCAGGCUCCAAAAGCUGCAGAAGCUCUAUCUGAAUCAGAACCAGAUCAAUGCCAUCGCCCCUCGGGCCUUUGUGGGUAUGAAAUCUCUAAGGUGGCUGGAUCUCUCUCACAACCGUCUCACCACUUUAUUUGAAGAUACGUUCCUGGGCCUCUCCAGCCUGCGCGUCCUGCGUCUCUCCAGCAAUUCCAUUGUGGGCCUGGGCCCCAAAAUCUUUAAAGACCUCCACUCCUUGGAGGAGCUGCAACUAGGACACAACAUGAUUCGGAAUUUGUUGGAAAGAGGGUUUGACAAACUCAGUCAGCUGGACGUUCUUGCUCUCAACGACAAUCAGAUCGAAGAGAUCCGAGUGGGAGCCUUCCUUGGGCUCUCUAAGGUGGCCGUUAUGAAUCUUUCUGGAAAUUGCUUUAAGAUUCUUGCAGAUUUCACUUUCACAGGUCUUAACCAGCUCCACAGUCUUCACCUGGAAAACAGCUGCCUCAGUAGGAUCAGGCCACUGAUGUUUUCCAACCUUUCAAGCUUGCGCCGGCUCUUUUUGCGGCACAACACCAUUUCCACAAUCGAGGAGCACAGCCUGAAUAACUUGCACGAACUCAUUGACCUGGACCUCAGGCACAAUUGCCUGAUCCGACUCUCUCCUAAUCAAUUUGCAGGCCUCCAGAAUUUAGAGUACCUUCUCCUUUCUUCAAACCAGUUGCUGGAAAUCUCGCCUGAAGCCUUUGCCCCACUUCAGCGCCUCUCCUGGCUCGACCUCUCCAACAAUGGUCUGGAAACACUGGAAAGCAAUAUCUUCAGCUCCUUUUCGAAACUGGGAUAUUUGAAUGUGAGGAACAAUUCGCUGAGAACAUUCCCCUUGGGUUGGCUAAGCCCUUCACCAACACUCCUUCACCUUUGGUUGGAAGGCAACCAUUGGCAGUGCAAUUGCUCCCUGAAAGGACUAAGGGACUUUGCUUUGCAGCAUCCCGAUGUGGUCCCACGGUACGUACAGUCCAUCACGGAAGGGGACGUCCCCGUAUACACAUACAACAACAUCACUUGCACAAGCCCCGAAGAAGUGGCUGGGCUUGACCUGCGGGACGUCCAGGACUGGCAUUUUGCAGAGUGCUAA